AUGAGCAAGACCGAGUUCUACCACAACAACAGCGCUAUCAUCGACGGCAGAGUUACCUACCACCUGUUCAGUACCACAGACCAAGCUGAGCAUGCACGGAUGAAGCGUCCAAUUGUCAAGUACUACUCCCAGAGUAGCGUCAUGGGAAUCGAGCCACUAUUUGAUACCUUGAUCGGUGACUUUUGUCACCACUUGGAAAAGCGAUUCAUGACCACCUCCAAGCCGACAGCGUGUGAUCUUGGCGAGUGGAUCGGGUUUUACUCUUGGGAUGCGAAUGGCGCUGCUUCUUUUAGCCAGCGAUUUGGCUACAUGGACGAGGGAUGCGAUUAUGACGGCACAAUUUCCAUUGCCGACAAAGCUCUUGACUAG